UUAAAUAUUGAUAAUAUCCGAGUACAUAUGAUAUUAUUAUUGUCACGCAAUUCGAGUAUCAAAAAGCUCAAAUUAAAACCGGGUACCGUCACUAAGUUUAAUGUUACGGAAAACAUUCUGCAAAUGUUAUUUAUCUCAUCAACCGCUCAAAACAUUUAAAAAUCAAUUUUCAUCUUCAUUCAUCAGCUCAAGCAAUGUCAGUGGUAGCGGCGACGACGAGUGUUUACAUAGUGGCUUGAGAAGCAAUAAUUUUACGUUCAAUUAUGAUACCAACGAUGAUAGUACAGUUAUUUUGCCUUCUCAAGCGCAAAUUAUCAUUGCUGGAGCAGGUACGGUGGCAAAUUCGGUAGCUUAUCAUUUGGUUCUCAAGGGCUGGAAGGAUGUACUUAUUCUUGAUCAAAACAAAAUUGGCGAAGGUACUAGUCAUUUUGGAUCUGGUAUUCUAGGUCUUUUUAAGCCUAUUGCCCAUAGAAAUCUCAUACAAUACAGCAUCAAGCUGUAUCACCAGCUAUCUGAAAUGGGAUAUGACAUAGGAUUGAAACAAUGCGGCAGUAUUAAUUUAGCUCAAACCAAAGACAGAAUGAUUGCUCUGAGAAGACGAAUGGCCUACAAUGAACCCACUGGACUACACUGUGAAGUCUUGAGUAGAAAUGAAGUAAAAAGAAUGCAUCCAUACCUUCAUGUAGAUGAUCUUGAAGGAGCUGUUUGGGUACCUGAAGAUGCUGUUGCAGAUUCUGUUGCCAUUUGUAAAGUUUUGGCUAAUUUAGCCAAGCAAGGAGGAGCCAGAUAUAUUGAACAUUGCAAGAUUGAAAAAGUCAUCACAGAGAAUGGAGCUGUUAAAAGAGUCAAAACAAAUAGAGGACUCGUAGACUGUGAAUACUUUGUAAAUUGUGCUGGCAUGUGGGCUCGCGACUUAGGACUUUGUUGCAAUCCUCCAGUGAAAAUACCUGCUUACCCUGCAGAACAUUACUACGCUAUUGCAAUACCCAACACUGGAGGUUCUCUAAAUUUGCCAUGUGUUCGAGACUUUGAUUCAUACUCUUACAUGAGGGACUGGCAGGGAGGUAUUUUAUGUGGUUGGUUCGAAUCGGAAGCAAGGCCAGCAUUUGAAGGCAGCGGUGUGCCUUCUGAUUCUAAUUGGAAACAACACAUACAAGUCAGGCCUGAACACUGGAAACCACUGUGGGAAAAAAUAGUUUACAGAAUGCCUAUAAUGAGCGAAAUUAAAGAGCCAUUCGUGUACAACUGUCCAGAUACUUUUACACCCGAUGGCCGGUGGAUUAUGGGUGAAAGCUCGGACGUAAAGAAUUAUUACGUUGCCUGUGGCAUGAACGGCAAUUCUUUACAAGGUGCUGGAGGAAUCGGCAAAGAAGUAGCGGAAUGGCUGAUUCACGGCGAGGCACCGGCCGAGCUUUUGCCUUUCAACGUGCAGCGAUUUCUCGACUUGCACACCAACAAGCAAUACUUGCAGAGACGCGUUCGGGAAGUCGUCGGGCGGAAUUACGCCAUACUCUAUCCUCAUCAGUGCGAGUACAAAUACGCUCGGAAAAUGCGAUGUUCGCCUCUGUACUCUGUGCUGGAGCAGCGAGGCGCCAUAUUCGGCAUUAAAAUGGCUUACGAGCGACCCCUCUAUUUCGACUCGACUUAUCGACGUGGACAAAAGAAGCCACAGAUGCCGGCAGGUAGCUUCUACAAGCCAAAAUUCUUUGACUUCAUGAAACAGGAGUUCCAAGCGUGCCGCGAGGCCGUCGGAAUCAUCGAUAUGAGCUCGUUCUCGAAGAUCGAAAUAAAAUCGGUCGGCUUGGAGGUAGUCGACUACUUGCAGAAGCUGUGCUCGAGCGACGCCAACAUCGCGAUCGGCAGCAUAGCUCACACGGGCAUGCAAAACGACGCCGGUGGAUACGAGAACGACUGCAUGUUGGUGCGCCAAGCGGAAAAUAGCUACUACAUGGUCUCACCGACCCUUCAACAGACGCGCAUAUACCAAUGGAUGUCGAGGCACUUGCCGGCCGAUCGAUCGGUUGGCUUGAACGACGUCACGUCCAAGUACACCGUGGUCAACGUCAUCGGUCCCAAAGCUGCCAUUCUCCUCUCCGAACUCUCCAACUCGGAUCUGAAGCUGCCCUCCUUCACAUACAAGCUGUGCAACGUGGGCUACGCCUCCGACGUCAUGGUGAUGGCCUUCACCCACACGGGCGAGCCCGGCUACUGCUUGCACAUACCGUCCGAGUACGCCCUCCACGUGUACGCCAGCCUCAUGGACGUCGGCAGAGACUACGGGCUGCGGGACGUUGGCGUGCUCACCCAACGAUUCAUGCGCAUCGAGAGGUUCAUACCUUUUUGGGCGGAAGAACUCACGCCCUUCGUCACGCCUUACGAGGCUGGCAACGGCCACCGUAUCAAUUUGGACAAAGAGUAUUUUAUCGGCAAAUUUGCUUUGCAACGCCAAAAAGAACGAGGCGUUACCAGAAGACUCGUACUUUUCAUUAUCAAUAAUUUGGAUCUUGACAAAGACGUUUGGGCCUGGGGAGGAGAGCCCAUUUACCGCAACGGCGAGUUCGUCGGCACCGUUACCUCCGCCGGGUACGGCUUCAACAUUAAGAAGCUCAUUUGCCUUGGCUUCAUCGGAUAUUCCGGCUACUCGCAAGGUCUCACCGAUCAGCGCAAUAUAGUGACUAACAAUUUUAUUCUCGAUCCCACAGCCAGAUAUGAAAUCGAUAUAGCCGGUCACCGAUUCCCCAUGUCACCGAACAUACGAUCGCUAACCUUGCCGAGCAAGCGUAAUCAAAGAUACAUACCCACACCCGUUGUUACAUACAAGAGUGAUAUUUCUCAUUAACUCGUCGACGUACUUCAUUUUUAUAAGAAUAUUUUUUCGUUUGUUUUUCAAUCAAAUGUUUAUAAACUUGUUGAUGAGUGGUUGCUGAAUCUAAUCCAAAUUCGACUGAUGCACGCGUGUUUGUUUAGUUCAUAUAAUUUUACAAUAUUCACUCUAGUCACAUUUAAUAACCAAAGGUAUAAUUCAACUUUUCUCUGUGAACUAUUAUUGAUGUUUUGUUGUCAUGUUCCUAUUACUUGUUAUUUCAUGCACAACAGUUUUAAUUACAUUAAAAUACAGCAUA